AACUUAGAUUCUAUUCGAUGCCCUCUCAUCCAUAAAACUACGACUUAGAUUUAGAUAAGGUGAUAAGGAUACGUGGCAAAAACCCAACUCCUCCUGCCCCCUUCUAAGAACAAAUUACAUUUCUCUGCCAAGCAAUUCGUUCUCUUCCACACACAAAUCAUGGCCUCACCACUCCUAACCCCCACAAACAAGCCCCAAACCCUCACCACAAUCAAAACCAAACCCACCACUCUCACCACCACUUCCGCCAUUCCUCCGCCGCAGCAACAACAACCACAACCUCUACGCCGCCACUUCUUGUCCCUAACAGCCUUUAUUCUGACUCCCAAAUGGCUCUUCCCAGUGAAUCCAGCAUUUGCUUCCUCUGAUGAAGAGUAUGUCAAAGAGACUGAGCAAGUCAUCAGCAAAGUCAGAACCACCAUCACCAUGGACAAGAAUGAUCCCGAUGUGCCGUCUGCGGUGGCUGAGUUAAGAGAGACGUCAAACACUUGGGUUGCCAAGUAUAGAAGAGAGAAGGCCUUGUUGGGCCGGGCUUCUUUUCGGGAUAUGUACUCGGCCCUUAAUGCUGUAUCGGGCCAUUACAUUAGUUUUGGGCCCACUGCGCCCAUUCCUGCGAAACGCAAGGCAAGGAUUUUGGAAGAGGUGGACACCGCUGAGAAAGCGUUACAGCGAGGCAGAUAAGGCUGUGUGAUAAUUUUAGAUUUGAAAUUACUUUUGAUUUCGAUAUUAUUAACUAUUCGAAUUUUUAUUUUAUUUUAAGAAUUUGAGGCUACAAAAUCAUAUUCA